AUGGAGAAGUUCAAAUAUACUAUGAGGUUACGUGAAGCUGAGCUGCAGCAGGCGAGAGAGCGUCAGGAGUUUGAGCGUUACAAGCUGGACUUAAUCAAGGAGGGGAAGAUUCUUGAUCCCAUAGCAGUUGGGAAGGGAGAACCUGUGGCAGAGAAGGAUCCAGAUACAUUCUUCUUGCUCUUUGAGAGGUUGGCCAAGAACAGGAAGUGGAGUGAUUCUGAGCAGACCCUCCUGUUACAGUGUGUAUUGACUGAUCAGGUUAAGGGGGAAGUAGCUUUGGCAGUGCGUCCUGCCCUGCCAGUUCAGGGUGUGCAGACCAGGUUGAGUGCAGAGACCUCCAAGCAGCCGUACAAGGGCUUCAAGCCUCACCUGGGCUACGUCAGCAUCUCCAAACAGGAGCCCCUGAAGUUGCACUGCGACCUGUGCAGCAUCGUGUCCAGCUCCGGGCAGAUGUUGGGCCAGGCAGCCGUCCCAGAGAUGGACAGCUCGCCCUGCGUCUGGCGCAUGAACAACGCCCCCACGCGGGGGUUCGAGGACGACGUGGGCCAGCGCACCACCCUGAGGGUCAUCUCCCACACCAGCGUCCCCCUGCUGCUGCAGAAGCCCCAGUACUUCUUCGGCCAGGCCAACGACACCGUCUACGUCGUGUGUGGGCCGCUGCGGAACAUGAGGAAGGACGGGAAAGGCAUCGUUUACAACAUGCUGCGCCAGGCCUCGGAGAACUACCUUCACGCUCGCAUCUACGUCACCACAGAGGACCGGAUGAACUACUGCGACAUGGUCUUCAAGAAGGAGAUAGGAAAAGACAGGAUCCAAUCUGGCUCCUACCUGAGCACCGGCUGGUUCCCACUCAUUCUCUCUAUCGACAUGUGCAAGGAGAUCCAUAUCUACACCACAUUGAAAGGUUCCGAAAAUGUUGUGGCUGAUGCAUUGUCUCGUGCGUUGCCUGCAUAA